AUGCAGGGGUCAAAUUGCACACAUGACUGGCUCUGUCAAUGUUGUGACAAGAGAAAACAGCCGAAUGUGGAGAACAUCUGCCAGAUAAUGUGGCCGAGUUCUUACGUUCACAACCUGGACGGGGGCCCCAUCCACGCACGCGCAGGAGCCAUCGCACGACUGCUGUUGGGAGAUGACAUGGCCUUCGAUUUCGACAUGCUGAUCUACAAGGCUCCCCAGACGAACACCUGCACCCCCUGGCACCAGGACGAGGCUUACUGGCCCGACAUGCCGGACAAGCGAGCCGUCUCCUGUUGGGUUGCUCUUGAUGACGCGACAGUUGAUAACGGCUGUAUGUGGUUCGUUCCCGGGCCUCACGGGCAGCCAAUCCGGCCGCAUCGGGCAGCUAAGGAGGGGGUCCAUGUGCUGAUGACUGACCACUGCUCAGAGGCAGAGGGAAAACCCAUGCCCAUCCCGGCGGGUUCCUGUACCUUCCACCACGGCCGAACGCUGCACUACACACGCGGGAACAGCACGGACAGGGAACGACGCGCCUACAUUGUCAACUAUCGGCCAAUCAGCAUGGUGCGCUGGGAACGAGAGCACGACUUCGACCACGCAAAGAAAGGCAUCCAGACGGUACUUGACCUCGACAAGAAAGCAGAUGGCUGAGAAGAGACCUGCUGCUGCUUGGUUAUCCAAUCUACAACCAAGGACUUCAUAUUCAACUAGAGAGGCCGACAUUUACUUUGGAGCAAAUACAGCGAUGGGUUCACCACAUUUACGACAUGGCAGGGAAAGAUAGCGAAACACAAGGGAAAAUAAUGUUUUACAUGGUAUGAAGUAACAUACAACUAACAGUUGGAUAAUUAUUCCUUAUACCAUUGGUUAGAAUUUUUAAUUGUAUAAUGCAAAACUGUUGAUUUUUAAAGAUAAUAAGAAGCGUUAAUGCCCCGCAUUCCAAUGCCGGAGCAGGAAACCUUGAAAUAU